AUGUUUUCAUUCUUCGUGGCGCGAUAUUUAUUUCCAAACGUAGCCAGCGCACUGGUCGAUUUGAGUGGGCGACUGACGAAGAUGAUGCGACCUUUAAAAGGUAGCAAGAUCGCAGAAGGAGUUUCGGAAAGUGUGUUUACGUUUCUGAAGUUCCUUAUCGUCUGGAUACUGAUACUUUUGGCAGAUUUCAUCCUUGAGCUCCGAUUUGAAUAUUUAUGGCCAGGUUGGCUAUUUAUCAAGAGGGUUUAUAAUUCUUCACGAUAUCAGGGCCUUGCUUUUUCCAUACUUUUUGUAUGUGCAGCAUUUACCUCAGAUGUAUUCUGUUUUAUCUUCAUACCGUUGCACUGGCUUUUUUUUGCUGCCAGUACAUAUGUAUGGGUACAGUACCUCUGGAACUCAGAUAGAGGUGGUUGCUUAUCUACUUUGUCUCUUUGGAUACUAUUUAUUUAUAUAGAAGCAACAAUCAGAUUUAAGGAUUUAAGAAAUUUCAAUGUAGAUCUUUGCCGUCCAUUUGCAGCACACUGCAUAGGGUAUCCAGUGGUGUCUUUCGGUUUUGAAUUUAAAAGUUACAUUUGCUACAAGAUUAAACUAAGGAAACAGAAAGAAGUUAAAAAACAGAAUGAAUUCUUCAUGCAAAUUCUUCAUCAGGCCUUACCCUUAGAACCACAACUGCAAACAAGACAGGACCGGAGUUUGGAAGAAGCAUUUAAAGGGCUUCCACUGUCCUCUCAAUACCAGCAUUCAAGUAGAACCAUUACAAUAGGGAAGAAAUACACUUUAGCCUUACCAGAACUAGAAUUUAAAGAUAGAGGUAAAGAGAAAGAGAAGGAAGUCACAAAACAAGCUGUUACAGCCAGUAACUGUUUACAAGCAAUGGACUCUAGAGUGACUGAAACAGCGUGUGUGGAAAAUCACUUCAACAAGAUUGCAGAGUAUGAGUCAUCUGGUAGCACAGAAAAUCUACCCCAAUGUGCUGAAUCUUCAAGAAUUUGCAAGCACGUAUCACCAAAGGCACAUGGUGCAUCUAAUGGCAGUGUGAUUUUUGUUAAAAACGAGAAGAAGCAAAAAUGUUCAAGCAAAAACACAAACACACGAAAAGGGAUCUUUGAAAAUGGCUCUUUAAAUAAUCAGAACAGCAAACCAGAGACUGUACUACGAUUGGAACAUGACAUAAAGAAGCUAAAGGCAGACCUACAGACCUCUAGGCAAUCUGAACAGGAGCUCCGCAGUCAGAUUAAUCUACUGACCAACAGCAAACAAAAAAUACGAUCUGAACUUGUUCAGCUUCGACAAGAAAAUGAGCUUUUGCAGACCAGAAUGCAUUGUGCUUUGCAAGCAAAACAGAAAGACAAACAAAAUAUCAUCUACUUAGAGAAAAAGCUUAGAACGGAACUGGAUGGUCGAGCGCUGCUGGAGAAGCAGCUGAUGGACACAAAGAAGAGGAAAACAGAUGAAACUACAGUUAUUGCACGGGCAGUCUCAUUCAAUGCUUCAAUCAGAGGUGAUUCUACAGAGACUCUGAAGAACAGAAUGAAAGAAUUGGAUGCAGAAUAUAAACAGCUGCAAACAGAGCUCAAAAUGAAAGAUGAACACCUAAGGAAAGUAGAACGGGAGGUGCAGGAGCUUUGUAAAUACAAGGAAAAUGAACAGGACACUGAGAUGUUGAUGGCAGCACUUUCAGCCAUGCAGGAUAAGACACAACACUUAGAAAUCAAUCUUAGUGCAGAGACAAGAAUUAAACUGGACCUUUUCUCUGCUCUUGGGGAUGCCAGACGACAGCUAGAGAUUGCACAAGGGCACAUUAUCCAACAAGAUCAGGAAAUUGAAGAACUCAAACAGAAGGUUGCUGAAGUUAUGGCAGUUAUGCCUGGCAUUAAUUACAGUGUCACACAUACACUUAGUCCUGCAACCUCACACUAUUCCUCUAAAUUUGUGGAGACUGGAACUUCUGUUCUUGAUCCUAAUACUUUAAUGUACCAGCCACUGAAGAAAUAA